AUGAAAGUAUUGACAUUUAACUUCUUUCUUCUCAGUAUCACGGGGGUCUGGAAACCGCGUCGGUGGGGUGGGAUAAGAGCUAUUCUCUAUUACAUAUACCAAACUUUCGUAGUAAUUAUCAAUCUAAAAUUCUUACUAUCCAACAUUAUGGACCUUAAGUUAGAAAACGUCAAUCUAGAAGCCUUCGCAGACAACUUGUCAUUGAUCUUCGCCUUGUCUAUCACCCAAAAAAAAAUAAACUGCGUAAUUGAGAAUCGCACCAGCAUUAAACACAUCAUCGACUUGCUCCACAGAAAUCCCUUCAAGCUUCGAGAUCAACAAGAAGAACUAAUUUUCUCCCAAUUCGACAAAUUUGCCAGAUCUAUAUUCACAUGCUACGUACUCGCACAUACUGGCUUCCUAUCGAUAUAUUCCUUAGGCCGUAUGACUUUAAUGGAUCCGCCCCACAUUCUUCCUUACAAUGGUUGGUUCCCCUACAAUUACACUCGCACAACUAGAACCUACUGGACAACGGCUGUUUUUCAAUUCUACGCAGUAUUUAGUCUAGGGUUUAUUGAUUUGCUACUAGACCUGUUGCUGCCCUGUAUAAUAUGUUAUAUGUGCGGACACAUUCACAUUCUGCGUUACAGGUUUCAAGUUAUGAUAGAAACAUUGCUAAUCAUGUCAGAAAAUAAUGAACCUUAUGGUAAAAUCGUAGCAGCUGAGCGGAAAUUGAUGGCUGAGUGGGUCAAAUAUCACAUCGAUAUCAUAAAUUUAGUUAAAUUUACCAACGAUAUAUUUGAGGGUGUGAUAUUUGUGCAGUACACUGUAAUUUCCCUUCUUCUCUGUACGAUUGCGUACUUUCUGUCACAUACUAAAUCUGGGACGAUGAUGAGUUUCGCUGGUAGCUUUGCGUUUUUGGCUGGAAUGAUAAUUCAAAUACUGUUACCGUGUUUUUUUGCUGAUCAAUUGACUAUUGAGUUUUUAGAUAUAUCUAAAGGAGUAUAUAACACAAAUUGGUACAAGUUGAGUAACAAUAUCCGUAGAUCGGUAGUCAUCAUUCUACGAAAAGCUUACCAACCUGUUACAAUAACCAGCAUUUUCUUUAUAAUUUUAUCUCUUGAAUCUUUCAUGAAGGUCAUUAAAGUUGCGUACACUAUUUACAAUGUGCUGGAGUAA